CAGAAAAGGCGCCUGAUGUCGACGUUUCCAAAACGCCAGUAUAUCAAACAAUGAUGGUAGGACAUAAGCCUUUUCAGAUCCGGAACUGAUUGGAGGAUUCGUAUCAAAUAGCUUUCCCUUACACUUCCACUGCCAGCUGACAAAGAUCGUAAGUACGCGUUUGAGGAGUACAUACUAAGACAAUCCGUACCGGAACUGAAGACUACGUGUUGAAUUUGAAAUAGCUGUAUAAAAGCCAAUGGGUCCUCGUGGAAACUAUCACAACCUCACCGACCGUCCUCCAGUGAACACCAGGAGUCAAUAUGGCAUCAAUAACAGUGGUGUAUCUAGUUUUCAUAUUUGGGGGUGCGAUAGCCCAGCCCUCCAAACAAAGCUUCUUCAAGGGCACAUCUUUGGAGAGCAUGGUCGAGGAAAUGAGAUCAGGCUGCGUCGAAGGCUCGGAUGCAACCGCCUGCAUCAAGUACAAGGUCAUGUCUUUACUGGACAGCAUCUUUAAGCAGGACACUUUCCAGAUCUCUGAUGCAGUGGAAGUGACGAAGAAUGGUGCAAGCAACGAAGCAACCGGUCGUUCUUCCGAUGACUUCAUGGACACUAUUGAAAGCUACAUCCAGUCUCACGACGUGACCUUCCAGAUGCCUAUUGCUGAUACGAAAAUCACUGUUAGCCCACGGAACUUGGACAAUGAUGAGCUUAGCUUGAAUAUCAAGUUCAAUAAGGAAGGAGCUCGCUCGGUCGGAGAGGCGCGUAAAGCUAAGCUGAAGAAGAUCAUUGUCCCGAUCCUGGUGUUCGUUCUCCUCAAGGCCAUGACCCUCAUUCCUCUGGCUAUUGGAGUGCUUGGACUGAAGGCCUGGAACGCCCUGCAACUGUCUUUCUUCUCUUUCGUCGUGUCCGUCGCUCUGGCCAUCUUCCAGCUGUGCAAAAAGAUUGCCGCGGACAACUCCCAUCCGCAGAUCUCCGCUCAUGGACCCUGGGAUGCUGCGUACGCCGCCACCCGCCACAGGAGAGAGGCUGAACCUCAGGACCUGGCUCAAGAGCUCGCGUACAACGCCUACCACUGAGAAAAAUGACGACAAUGCGAGAGUUUGUUCUAGUCCUACCAUCCUUUGACUGUUCUAAACAAGCGCAUAA